AUAAUUUUAUUUUUGUUUGCAGCUUGAGGAGUUUCGUAAAAAGAAAGCCGCAGAGCGAGCCAAGAAGGCUGUAUCCUCUAGCAAUGCUCAGAGCUCUGAUGCUAGCUUGAAACAAAACCGAGCUUCUGAAAUUGAGAAUGUACGAGUUGAUCAGUCAGAUGGAGUUACCACAUCUGAUGGUAUUGGAAGAGAUGUCAUUGAGCCAUCAACUUCAGGGACAAGUAAUGAUAAAAGUACAAGUUUAAUUAGCCAAAGUACUAGUAGUAAGCAAGAAUCCCUGCCUGAUAUAAAAGGUUUUGCGAGGAAUGAUCUCAAUACAAAGUCCACCAGCCUGGUUGAGACAUAUUCUGAUAUUGCUGAAGCUAAGAGAUACAAUGCUUCUGCUAUUACUGCAUCUGCUGCUGUAAGUCAAUGCAACGAGGCAGAUAAGGUGAAAGAUACCUUUGGAAUUCAUACCAGUGGUCCUGUUGGAUUCCCUUAUGGGUCAACAAACAACCAAAGCAUUCUUCUACACUCGCAAGGAAGUCAAGAUUUUGAUAGCAAUAUUACUCAAUCUAGUCUUCAAGAUAUUAACGAAAACUAUUCAAAUAAGAGUAAUGGUCCAUCGAAGGAUUAUGUGGUCACUGAUCAUGGCUCUUCUUAUUUUUCUUCAAAAAUCUCACCUCAAAACUCUGUUAAUACACUACUGCAAAAUAACUCAACAAAUUCCAGCAAUUUAAACAGUGAUUACUCCCAUGGCUCAUUUUCUGGUGGCUUCGGUGAUUCUUUCAGUUCUAAGUUUCCAGAGACCCAUACUAACAUUGAUAAAAAUUUGUCCAGUCUUCAUGAAUCAAUGCCAAAAUUCGAUUCGACAAGUUAUGUUGGCAGCAACUCCUUUAACCAUACUCCAAUACAUUCAGUUUCAGUGGAAUCUAGUUCUAGGAGGACUCGUCCAUCUUUUCUUGAUUCUCUUAAUGUCAAUAGAAAUUCUUUGGGUUCUCCAUUUCGGCAGCCCGAGCAAGAUUCCUCAUUGUUCAAUGAUUUAGAAUCAACCAGCAAUAAUGUGUCAGGAUCUACCUAUUUGGGCAAGCCACCCGAAGAGACCAAAACUGUGGCACCUCUCCCAAAUUUUACAACUGCAGGUUUCGAUAAUAGUAGUCAAAAUGCAUUGAUGAUAAGUGAUAGUGAAAAUGGUAUGGAGAAGAAGCAUGAUUAUUAUGCACCUCCUUCAAAAAAUGAGGACUUUGCUGCUUUAGAACAGCAUAUUGAAGAUUUGACACAAGAAAAGUUUUCUUUGCAACGUGCUCUUGAGGCUUCUCAAGUGUUAGCAGAAUCACUAGCUGCAGAAAAUUCAUCUUUGACUGAUAAUUAUAAUCAGCAGCGAAGUGUUGUCAAUCAAUUAAAAUUGGACAUGGAGAAGUUACAAGAAGAUAUCAAAGUGCACCUGGUUGAGCUUGAGUCUGUCAAGAGUGACUACGCAAACGCACAACUGGAGUGUAAUGCUGCUGAUGAGCGUGCAAAGUUAUUGGCAUCUGAAGUUAUUGGCUUAGAGGAGAAGGCACUCAGAUUGAGAUCUAAUGAGCUGAAGCUUGAGAAGCAGUUGGAAAAUGCGGAAGCAGAGAUUUCUUCAUACAGAAAGAAAAUGUCAAGCCUAGACAAAGACUGCCAUGAUAUGCGGACGACCAUUGAAGCACUUCAAGAGGAGAAGAAAGUGUUGCUUUCUAAGCUGCGAAAGGCGUCAGGCAUUGGAAAGUCCAUUGAGAGUCAUGUUUUAAAAAAGGAUAUUUCUACAUCCACCCAGGAUUUAGCAAGCGAAGAUGGUGAUGCAGAAAACAGGGGUGCUCAUGAUGCUGAAGCAUCUAGUUUAUCCACAGUUCCUGAUACUCCACACUCAACUUCUGGAGUUUCUCCUGUGAAUAUUCCUCGUGAUCAGAUGAGAGUGAUAGAGAACAUUAAUGCGCUUAUUUCUGAGUUGGCACAGGAGAAAGAAGAUUUGAUGAAAGCCUUGACACUUGAGUCAUCUGAAUGUUCUAGGAUGAGGGAGAUAAACAAGGAAUUAUCAUGGAAACUUGAGCUCCAGACUCAAAGAUUAGAGCUGUUGACUUCUCAAAGCAUGGUCAAUGAGAAUAUUUCAGGAAAACAACCAGAAUUUACUUCUAUGUACGAGAACACCCCAUAUGCAGAUGAGGGUGAUGAGGUGGUGGAGAGAGUGUUAGGAUGGAUUAUGCAGCUGUUUCCUGGUGGGCCUUCGAAGCGAAGAACUAGCAAACUUCGUUGAUUGGAUAUACAUUGAAUUUUUAAUUGUUGUGAUCAAACUCUACAAAGCAACCGGGAUGGAUUGUUAUACCAUUUCCCAGUAAUGCCACCAAGGAAAAAGAACAUCAAAUUUCAACCCAGAUCCACAAGUAACGUGUCGACAGAGUUUAUACCAAUUUGCUUUUUUGUUGCUUUUCACCUCCUCAACACUGGAGGCCGUGAUCUGUAUAUUUUGAGUGAACCACAGCAAAUUCUUGAAAAAGAAAUGAGCUGCUUUUCGGAGCUGCUUAUUGAUUGUCAAAUCCGGCUGCAAUUAUUUUGGAAGAUGGCAAUAAAAUCUGUUAUGCGGUUUAAUCUCUUGACUGAGUUCCAAAUUUUUGUGCUAAUAGUAUCUGGAUAUGAAAGACUGCCCAACCAGAAGCUUGGUGGGGGAUGGUGGAACCAUCUGGUCAACAAAAAGACUUAGAAGUGGUAAUGCGAAUGUAUUGAAUGUACUAGUGCAAAACAUGAUAUAUAAUGGAAGUUUGUAUUUUUCAGUCACAGAUAUAUCUUUUAAGUUUGCACUAACAUUAUAUCGCUUAUGGACAUUAUGCCCUGAAGCUUAGUAUAUACAGUGAAAACAGCAUUCCCCAGUUGAUGAAACCUUUAGCAUUUGAA